AUGACUUGGCGCCACCAAUUACAGAAUUAUGCGUCUAAUGAAAUGUUUCAGUCGUACCUACACGCAUAUACCAACGAAAUGCCGGAGGCUAUACGCGAACAUGUCGAUCAGGUGACAAACUGUGAAGAUAUUGCGAUGAAUUUCCUUGUCUCACAUCUCACUCGGGAACCGCCGAUCAAAACGACCAGCAAAUGGACAAUUAGGUGUCCGACGUGCACGGAGACGCUGUCACAAGACGAAUCACAUUUCCGCGAACGACACGAAUGCAUACGACUCUUCACCAGAAUCUAUGGAUACAAUCCGCUGAAGUUCUCGCAAUUUCGUGCCGAUUCGGUUUUGUUCAAGACCCGUCUACCGCCGGACAAGCAGAAAUGCUUCCGAUUUGUUUAA